GCGGGCGGGCGGGCGCUCGGCGGCUGCUGAGGUGCGGAGGCCGCCGCGCCGCUCCGCUCCGCUCCGCUCGGGCUGUUCCGGGAGUCGGGCGGGGAGCGCGGGCCGAGACCCAGCGGACCGGACGACCUCGCCUUCGUCACUUCCUGCCGGCCCGCGGUUUCCGGAGGGAACGAGAAGCCAGAAAGAAAGAUCACAGCUUUCCCAGCCUGGGAGAAAAACUAUGGAAUGCGGUGUACCACUGACUGACCGUAACCAAACGAACUGUACUGACAGUAGUUUGAAAGCCAGCAGUUAGCAGUUUCUUCAGACUUCAACACUGUCCAGCGCUUUCCAGAGCAGACUCACUGUUUACAAGAACUCUUGGCCUCCCGAAGUUAGCAACCUCAGAUUUUGUUUAUUUAAAGAAUUUCUGCGAAAGAAAAGGACCCCAGAGCCCAUUUUCCAAAAUGGCCAUGGACGGGUAUCUGUGGAUGGUCAUUUUGGGUUUCAUUAUUGCUUUCAUCCUGGCGUUUUCAGUCGGUGCCAACGAUGUUGCCAAUUCCUUCGGAACCGCCGUGGGCUCUGGCGUGGUGACCCUGAGACAGGCAUGCAUUCUGGCUUCCAUAUUUGAAACCACUGGCUCUGUGCUGCUGGGGGCGAAGGUGGGGGAGACCAUUCGGAAAGGCAUCAUUGACGUGAACCUCUACAACGAGACCGUGGAAACGCUAAUGGCUGGGGAAGUGAGCGCCAUGCUCUGCGCUAGGAAACAGGAUCCUAACUGUGGCUUUUCGUGGAAGUCAGCCAGUUACUGCUGGCCCAGGUCGCAGAGUAUUCUUUUCACUCCUUCAGUCGCCUCCUGGUUUAUAUCGCCACUUCUUUCUGGCUUCAUGUCCGGUGUGCUGUUCAUACUAAUCAGAAUGUUCAUCCUUACAAAGGAGGACCCUGUUCCAAACGGUCUCCAGGCACUGCCUCUGUUUUAUGCUGCUACCAUAGCAAUAAAUGUCUUUUCCAUCAUGUACACAGGAGCACCAGUGCUGGGCCUGUCACUCCCCAUCUGGGCAAUAGCGCUCAUAUCCUUCGGCGUUGCUCUGCUGUUCGCCUUCUUCGUGUGGCUAUUCGUGUGUCCAUGGAUGAAGAGGAAGAUAGCAGGCAGAUUAGAGAAGGAGAGCGCUCUGUCCCGCGCUUCCGAUGAAAGCCUCAGGAAAGUACAGGAAGCUGAGUCCCCCGGCUUCAAGGAGCUCCCUGGUGCCAAACCCAGUGAUGACAGCGCUGUCCCCCUCACCAGCCUGGCUGGGGAGGCUAUGGGGGCCUCAGAAGGCACGUCAGCAGGGAACCACCCCCGGGUUUCCUAUGGACGGGCACUUUCCAUGACUCACGGCUCUGCAAAGUCACCCAUCUCCAAUGGUACAUUUGGCUUUGAAGGCCACAUGAGGAAUGACGGUCACGUUUAUCAUACUGUACACAAAGACUCGGGGCUCUACAAAGACUUGCUGCACAAAAUCCACGUAGACAAGGGCUCCGAGGAGAAACCCACUCAGGAAAACAACUACAGGCUNCUUCGGAGGAACAACAGUUACACCUGCUACACCGCGGCCAUCUGNGGCAUGCCGGUGCACACCACUUUCAGAGCCUCGGACACCUCCUCUGCCCCCGAGGACAGUGAGAAGCUNGUGGGUGACAGUGUGUCCUAUUCUAAGAAGAGGCUCCGCUACGACAGCUACUCCAGCUACUGCAACGCAGUGGCCGAGGCCGAGAUUGAGGCCGAAGAGGGUGGUGUGGAAAUGAGGCUGGCCUCUGAGCUGGCCGACCCUGACCGGCCUCACGAGGACCCCACGGAGGAAGAGAAGGAGGAGAAGGACUCGGCAGAGGUCCACCUGCUCUUCCACUUCCUGCAAGUCCUCACUGCCUGCUUNGGGUCCUUCGCUCACGGUGGCAAUGACGUGAGCAAUGCUAUUGGUCCCCUUGUGGCUUUGUGGCUGAUAUAUCAACAAGGCGGAGUUACACAAGAAGCCGCUACUCCAGUCUGUUCCCCAUCCUUAAGAUCCAUCCUAGCAAAAGCCGUCCACAACCAGCUUACAGAAUGUUCUGGCAAGACUUCUGCGGCCACGGGGUGUCGGCAAGGCCACACAAAGAGCUCCUGUGACGUUGUCUUCCUGUCCCCCCCACACAGUGGCUUCACUAUUGAGCUGGCCUCUGCCUUCACCGUGGUGAUCGCCUCCAACAUCGGGCUUCCUGUCAGCACCACGCACUGCAAGGUGGGCUCUGUGGUAGCAGUGGGCUGGAUCCGCUCGCGGAAGGCUGUGGACUGGCGCCUCUUCCGGAACAUUUUUGUUGCCUGGUUCGUGACUGUGCCCGUGGCUGGACUCUUCAGUGCUGCUAUCAUGGCUCUCCUCAUGUACAUAUGUGGUCUCUUUUCUUCCAGUCGGUAGACGGCUGGAGGGAUGUUCUGACGUGGCUAAGAUACUCACACCUCCCACCCUUGCUUUCCCUGACACAUGCACACCCCUUCCACACGCCUUCCAGAUGGCUUCGUGCCGGCCCUGCUUACCCAGGCCACUGCUCAUCUUGCAGAAUUAACCUACCUACUGUACAUAGUAGCAUACAUCGAGCUGAUGCUGUGAUGGCAUGAUGUGGUGCGGUUACUUACAGUAGAUGUGCAUUGUGUACCUAGAAUAGGCAGCAUUUAUCUCCAGCAAACGAAGAACGAAAGCAGAGGCAUUGCCUAGACCGCAAGACUCUGUUAAUUGUAUAUAAUGAUUUCAGUGGUGGCAAGUGUCGAGUAUAAAAUCCUUUUUUAAAUACACUGUAAUAUAAGUGAGAUACAGUAUACUUAAUGCAAACCUGGGCAAGUGCCCAGGCCCUUGAGUGACUGCACAACCCUGGGACAGGCGUUCACAAGUGCUCUCUCUGAAGAAUGCGCUCCUGAGCUGUGUCUGAGUUACUGUCAUGUGUCACAAUGGCUUCUGUAAACUCACACUACUUUUAACCGUCUGCUUCCCGUACACCUUUUUGAUUGGAGAAAUUUGGAAAGUACCAAAGAAAUAGGGGAUAACUUGCCAGUGUUACAUCUUCCCAUUGUUUGUCUCCCUUCCCACGGGCCACGACAGUGAACCUGGUGACAUCAGCCACCCACCAGCACCAGCCAGGUGGCUGCCACACCAGAUACUGGUAAGCUUGUUCAGUGGCCUUUCCCUGUCACCAGCGUGGAUGGCGUANGGCAAUGGGGGUGUAGAGUUAAACACUACAUACAUAUCAUGUCCCACUCCGGUGUCCUUCCCCGCCGUGCCCUGCGACCUGAAAAGCAGGAUCCUUGUUGCCAGCAUCAAAGCCAGUGAGCUCUUGAUGGGCUCGGAUGCUACAAAUUCAGGGUUAGCGGGAGGC